UGAGGUUGAGUUGAGAUAGUGGGGGCGGCGCCGGCGGCGGCGACCAGUUCCGGGAACCACAAAUGGCCGCUCGGGAAGAAAUUAUUGAGGAAAUCCUCAACUCGAGCAGUUCCGCGAAUGAGGAGGAGAUCAUUCACAUUAUCCAUGACGACGAGGUGGCGUUGCACGUCACCCACGGCGAUGAAGAAACGUCGCACGUCACCCUUGACGACGACGAGGCAGCGCUGCACGUCACCAACGACGACGAGGAGGCGGCGUCGCACGUCGUCGGGGACGAUGGCGAGACGUCGCACGACGACCAGUCCCACACGGCACAACAGGCUCCGUCUCGGGGCAACAAAGAGCUAGUAUUUUGGGUACCAGCUUUACUGACAAUUCGUAAAGAGCAACAGAGAAUCACAGUAACUCAAGAUGAGCUGCAUCGACGGGUUGGACCUCCUGAGUGUCUCAGCCAGACUAUGUUGCUCUCUCUUCUACGCUUGAGCAAAGAAAAGGGAAGGGAACUGAAGCAGACUCUUGCUAAGAAUGGUAUAAAGAAAUUGACAUCUAAAUCUGCUGUCAUUUCCUGCUUCACAAAACUCACAGAAGCUGAAGCAUCCCAGCUUGCUGAAGAUUACUUUUACUUGGCUUCAAAAAAUCUACGGCUAAAAGAAAUAAACGAAAAGAUUAUAGCUUCACGAGGUGGUUGGGAUCAAUUUGAAAUGCAGGCUAACAUGACCAAGGAACUAUUACAAGACAUUCUGAAGGAAAUUGAAGUUAGAGACACGGAUCUCAACCUAAUGACCCAUGGCUUCUCUCCACUUAUAAUGCGUGCCGUUAUUGAUAUUCUUAUAGAGAUUAUCACAUUCAGAAAAACUUAGACACCACUUAUCCUCUCACACAUGAACUAUCACACUUAAAGAAAAUAAUUCACCUAAUAAAAACUAAUAAAUUCAUUAUUGAUGUUUGGUUCUGAAUUUGAAGUUAUUUUUGUAAUAAUUCUUUUAUAUAUAAUAAUGGAGUACAGUAGUGUAAUUUAGUAAAAAGUACAACAUUUUGUUGAAUUGGGACUUGGCUACCAAUGGAAUCUUCAUGGAAAUUAAAUUACUGUAUUGUACACACACAGUGUAAUGCAGUAGUUGUCUGCAUCAUCUUUCAAAAGUUAUUUUAAGAAUUCAGAAUGUAAAUGGUACUAGAAGUAUUGUAUUUAAGAAUUAGAGUUGUCUUUGCUGAUAGAUACAUACUGUAUAUUUUUAAUUAAAUACUGUACAGUAUUCCCAUGUUCAACCUGACCAAAUUUACCUUUUGAAGGAAGCCAAAUUCUCAGGGUUUUCAGCCUUCACAUAUAAAAGGCAUCAAACAUUUUAAUAAAUACAAUUAUGAUAAAUGUGUAA